AUGGAUCCCCAAGGUUUGAGGGAAGAUCUUCGUCUGUUUCAGAGCACUUUGCUCCAGGAUGGGCUCAAGGAGCUUCUGAAUGAGAAUAAAUUGAUUGACUGUAUCCUAAAAGUUGGAGACAGAAGCAUCCCCUGCCAUCGGCUCAUUAUGGCAGCAUGCAGUCCUUAUUUCCGGGAGCUCUACUUUUCAGAGGACGGUAAGGAAUCAAGCCAAAAAGAGGUUGUUCUUGAGAACCUUGACCCCAAUAUUAUGGAGGUGAUUGUGAAUUACAUGUACUCAGCAGAGAUUGACAUCAACGAUGACAACGUGCAGGAUAUUCUGACUGUUGCCAAUCGCUUCCAGAUUCCCUCAGUGUUCACAGUUUGUGUGAAUUAUCUCCAGAAAAGGCUGAACAAGAAAAGCUGCCUUGCCAUCUACAGAUUGGGACUGAUGCUGAAUUGCACCAGAUUGGCAAUGACGGCUCGAGAUUACGUUGCAGAUCACUUUGAACCCAUAGCCAAGGAUGAUGAUUUCUUGGAGCUUGCUCCACCUGAACUCUUUGCCAUUAUCGGAGCAGAUGCGCUCAAUGUGGAAAAGGAAGAGACGGUGUUCGAGUGUCUGAUGAAGUGGAUCAGAAAAGACAAGGACAAGCGUGUGAAGUCUUUGGUGGAGGCCUUUGACUUCAUCCGUUUCCGACUGCUGCCGGAGAAGUACUUCAAGGAGAAAGUGGAGAAAGAUGACCUCAUCAAGGCUGAUCCUGAGCUCCAGAAAAAAAUCAAAAUCAUCAAGGAAGCCUUUGCGGGGAAGCUACCUGAGAAGAAAAAGGGGCAAGAUGCAGAGGAAGGGGAGGAGGGGAAGCUGCCCGGUUACCUAAAUGAUAACCGCAGAUAUGGCAUGUAUGGCAGAGAUGUGGUCCUGAUGAUUAACGACACAGCUGCGGUGGCCUACGAUGUCCAGGAAAAUGAAUGUUUUCUGGCAGCAAUGGCUGAGCAAAUCCCGAAAAACCACGUCAGUCUGACAACAAAGAAGAACAACCUGUAUGUGCUGGGAGGACUGUUUGUGGAUGAGGACGAGAAAGAGAAUACGCUGCAGUGUUACUUCUACCAGUUGGACAGUCUUGCUGCUGAAUGGAUCGCUCUGCCACCCAUGCCCUCCCCCAGGUGUCUCUUUGCUAUGGGUGAAUUUGAGAAUCUCAUCUUUGCUGUAGCAGGAAAAGAUUUACAGACCAACGAGUCUCACGACACCGUCAUGUGCUAUGACACUGAAAAAAUGAAAUGGACAGAAACAAAAAAGUUGCCCUUGAAAAUCCACGGCCACUGUGUGGUCUCCGAGAACGGGCUGGUAUACUGCAUUGGAGGAAAAACCGAUGAGAAUAAAGCAAUCAAUAAGAUGUUUGCAUACAACCACAAGAGGGCUGAGUGGAAAGAGGUCGCUGCCAUGAAGACACCCAGAUCCAUGUUUGGGGCUGUUAUCCACAAAGGAAGGAUCAUUGUUGCUGGAGGUGUCAAUGAAGAAGGCCUGACAGCUGUGUGUGAAGCCUAUGACUUUGGGACCAACAAGUGGACACCAUUUACAGAUUUUCCACAGGAGAGGAGCUCAAUCAACCUGGUGAGCUGUGGCGGACUGCUGUACGCUGUAGGAGGCUUUGCUAUGGUGGAGAAUGAGAACAAAGAGUGUACACCCUCUGAAGUCAUUGACAUCUGGCAAUAUGAAGAUGACAAGAAACAGUGGACUGGCAUGAUCAAAGAGAUGCGUUAUGCAGCCGGAGCCUCGUGUGUCUCUAUGCGCCUGAAUGCAGUCAGAAUGCCCAAACUGUAACAACAUAUCUUGCAUGUUCACUGUUACUGAUGCAGGAUAGAGAAUACUCUGUACAUGUUUUUAUUCAGCAGGUUAUUUUUCUCAUUUUCACACA